CUGAGGCCCCUCCUCUGUUACUCAUUUUUGCGAACUUCAGACUCCGGUUGCGUACGGGCCAAACUGCCGGGAGUGAGCCGCGCGGGCCGCCGUAGUCAGCUGGUGCGAGCAGGAAGUGUCCGAGCUGCGGGCGGAGUCGGCACGAUGGCACCGGACCCCUGGUUCUCCACAUACGAUUCUACAUGUCAAAUUGCCCAAGAGAUUGCUGAGAAAAUUCAACAACGAAAUCAGUAUGAAAGAAAAGGUGAAAAGACACCUAAGCUUACCGUGACAAUCAGAGCUUUGUUGCAGAACCUGAAGGAAAAGAUCGCCCUUUUGAAGGACUUAUUGCUAAGAGCUGUGUCAACACAUCAGAUAACACAACUUGAAGGGGAUCGAAGACAGAACCUAUUGGAUGAUCUUGUAACUCGAGAGAGACUACUUCUGGCAUCCUUUAAGAAUGAGGGUGCUGAACCAGAUCUAAUCAGGUCCAGCCUGAUGAGUGGAGAGGCUAAGCGAGGAGCACCUAACCCUUGGCUCUUUGAAGAGCCAGAGGAGACCAGAGGCUUGGGUUUUGAUGAAAUCCGACAACAGCAGCAGAAAAUUAUCCAAGAACAGGAUGCAGGCCUCGAUGCCCUUUCUUCUAUCAUAAGUCGCCAAAAGCAAAUGGGCCAGGAAAUUGGGAAUGAAUUGGAUGAACAAAAUGAGAUAAUUGACGACCUAGCCAACCUAGUGGAGAACACAGAUGAAAAACUUCGCACUGAAACCAGGCGUGUGAACAUGGUGGACAGAAAGUCAACUUCUUGUGGGAUGAUCAUGGUGAUUUUAUUGCUGCUUGUGGCUAUUGUGGUCGUUGCAGUCUGGCCAACCAACUGAUGGCCAUAAAGGGACCGCCAGCCGUGACACCCACCAAUAAUGGAUAUAAGUCCAGUACACUUUUGGUACAAAACCCAUGCUCUCAAUAAAUUCCCCCAAAGCUCUGAA